UGGACCAUUCAUCCUUGCAAAAGCAACGGAGUCGAGAAAACUGGAGGUCUGGUGGGCAUUCGUACAAUGGUCGUUGAGUAGGGCAGCUGCUUCGGUGUCUAGUUGCAUUUUAACUUUAAUAACUCAAGUGGAAAGCAUUGCCAUAUCUACAAUGAGUUACUUCCUGUCCUACUGCAAAGCACAUUGCAAUGCUGUGCUCUCCCAGUACCAGACUCUGAGAUCAGAAGGUUUUCUCUGUGAUAUUCUACUGAAAGUGAAGGAAAAUGAAUUUCCUGCACACAAGUCUUUGUUGGCAUGCUCCAGUGACUAUUUUCGAGCCAUGUUCAAAAGUUACACCCAAGAAUCUAAAGCCAGUGUAAUUCAUCUGCAAGUUGUCUCGCCCACUGGUCUCCAGCAUGUCCUGGAUUUCAUUUACACUUCCUUGUUGCCCCUUUCUUUCGAAAGCCUGGAGGAUACCUUGGAAGCUGCAAGUUACUUGCAAGUGACUGAUGCUAUUGGCUUGUGUAAUCAGUACUUGGUUAACAAUCUUACCUUGGAAAACUGCUGUUUUUCUGCCAAUGUUGCAAGAAAGUUCUAUCUUCCAGAUGUCUUGGCCGCAACAGAAAAAUAUAUUAUCAGUAAUUUUUGGAAGUUGCUGGACUUGGAUUUCACAGGACUGCUUCAGUUGAACUUCAGGUCUUUGCUAGCAGUGGUUAAAUCACCAGACCUGCCUAGGGUGAAAGAAACCUGCUUGUUGAAUUUUGUGCUGAUGUGGCUAAAGCAGGACUCAUCCAGGCUGGAUCAUAGAAGUAGCCUUCUAGAGCACAUAAGAUAUGGUCUCAUCCCAGUGGAAGAUCUGAGAAAAAUCUAUACACAGUCAGAGAUGCCUCUCACUGCAGGUAUUAAGUGCUUGAUCAUUAAAGCAAUAAAUUACCAUACAUCUGUUUACAAGCAGCCUGUCCUGCAGGAUAAGUCCACCACUCUGAGAAACCAGAAGACUCGGAUCAUUCUGUUGGGGGGAGGGAGAGCAAAUGAGGGUCUUGUCACCGACGUGGUGGCCUUCGAUGUUUACAAUCACAGAUGGCGAGCUCUCACCCAUGUGCAGGACAGGGUGCAGAAUCACAGUGUUUGUGUGGUGGGGAACUUCCUCUAUGUCCUGGGAGGGGAAAUAGAAGAUGGUGCUUUGGAAGACGCAAAAACUGACAAAGUCUUCUCAGUCACAAACAAGGUCCAUCGCUAUGACCCGAGGUUUAACAGAUGGACACAAGUCACUGGCAUGCUGGAGAAGAGAUGCCAAUUUUCCUCUUGUGUCUUAGGCAACAGCAUCUGUGCCAUCGGUGGGAGAGGGGAGAAUGGGUUGCUGCAUUCCUCUGUGGAAGUCUAUGACAUCAGCAGGGACAGAUGGAGGAAGGCCACAGAGUUGCCAUGCAAGAUACAUGGCCACGCUGGUGCCAUUUGCAAGAAUACCAUAUACAUCUCAGGCGGUAAAUGCACAGGUCAAGCCAGCACAAGUAAGGACGUAUAUUCACUGAGCUCACUGGAAGAGCAGUGGGUGAAACAAGCCCCUAUGAGCAUUGCUCGGUUUGGGCACCAGAUGGCAACAAUCAGAGAAGCCAUAUUCACAUUUUUAGGAUUAUAUGAACCAUUCUCUGAAAUAGAAAGGUAUGACCCUGAUCAAAACCAAUGGACUCGUUUAAGGCCGUUGACCUAUGACCGAUUUUGCUAUGGCCUGGUAGUUGUAGAAGAAACUGCACUUCUUAUUGGAGGGAAGAAAUGGCAAGACUCACGGGAAGUGCCCACUCAAGAUGUGGUUGGAUACGACAUUGACAACGAUGGCUGGGAAGAGAUCUGCAAAGCUCCUGUGCCUUGGUGGGGACUGCAGUGUGCAGUGCUGCAGCUCUCUGAAGAGGCCGAUGAACAGGACAGUGACACACAACAAAAGAAGCCCCCAAGCUGCUGAGCUAACACUUUGUGGAAUGAUUACACCAGGAGGUGAGCAAGUAGGGCUGUCCUGGAGAAGAAAAAGGAAAUUGCAGUGGUGCUAAACGUGACAGACUCAAGUUUUUGCCUUGUCAAGCAGUACCCUCGGUGAAAAUUGUCAAGUAAAUUUGGCU